AUGUCUUCAAAGUUGAUGAGUAUGAAGUUUAUGCAACGGGCUCAAGGGAGCACCGGAAGCGAUACAGCUGAAUCGGCUUCGGCAAAACACAUCCAAAAUGAUGAGCAUUGGACUUUACCUGGUGUAAAUGUUAUUACUCAAAAGAAACAGAGCAAAAACAUUGAAUAUGAGUCAGGAUAUUCGUCGUUUCUGGCCAUCGAUCGUCCCAAUUACUCGGGAAGAGCAAGCUUUGGAUUGUUUAAUAAGGCCUUAGAGCCUGCCAGGGCAGAUGCUGAAGGUUCUGAUGUCAAAAAAGGAUCUGAUGAAGACAGUGAAGAUGAUGAAACGACCGAACGUGAACGCAGAAAGCGUGAAGGGAAGUCUGGAAAAAAGCAUGGGGAGACGCGUUCAGUUACAAACAGUCCGGCUUCUACACGUGGAAGUGGAAAAAAACGGAAAUCAAGUGAAUUAACUCACGAUGUAAUUUCAUUGGAUUCUUCGCAAUCGAAAAAGGUGCAUAAAAAUAAACACAAGAAGAAAAGAAAGUAG